AUGGACAGCAGAUACACAAGGUGGGUCCAUCAUGGGGAAGAGUUGAUUAAUGAUGAAGGUCAUAAUUUUGAGGAGGAUGCUGAUGGUCAUAAUUUUGAGGAUGCUGGAUAUCAAUCAGAUGAUGAUGGAUACGAUCAAGGAAAUCGUGAUGAUAUUUCAAAUUUGUUAGAUGACUUGUACAGAUCUGGAAGGCAAGCUGAUGGUCAGCCUAACCUAUUUGCAAAUCUGAUGGAAGAAGCAAAGAAAGAGCUUUAUGAUGGAUGCACAAACUUCACUCGGUUGUCAUUCAUUAUCAAGCUUCUCCAUGUGAAGUCCUACAACCGGGUAACAAAUGCAGCAUUUGAUGGGUUCCUUAAGCUGUUCAAUCUGGCACGUCCUAAUGGAAAUUUGGUGCCAAAAUCAUACAGUGAAGCUAAGAGUGUGCUUCGUGAUGUUGGACUGGAUUAUGAGAUAAUCCAUGUUUGCAAGUAUGAGUGUGAAUUAUUUUGGGGGGAAUAUGCAAAUCACGAUCAUUGUCCAACUUGUGGGACAUCAAGAUGGAAAGACACGCAUGGUAAGAAGAAAGUUCCUCAGAAGGUGCUCCGAUACUUUCCUAUUAUUCCAAGGCUUCAAAGGUUCUUCGCGUCAAAGUUUCUUGCAGAAAUGGCUAUGUGGCAUAAGGUGAAGAGGGUUGUUGAUAAAGAUGUUAUGAGGCACCCGGCCGACGGUGAAGCUUGGAAAGGAUUUGACAGUGAGUAUGGUUGGUUUGCUAGAGAUCCACGCAACUUGAAGCUAGGUAUUGCCACAGAUGGGUUCAACCCUUUUGGAAUGGGUAGUUCAUACAGUAUGUGGCCUGUUUUUGUGAUUCCAUACAAUUUCCCUCCUUGGAUGUGUAUGGACCAAUCCAAUUUCAUGAUGGCUUUGCUUAUUCCUGGAAGAAAAUCACCUGGAAAAGAUUUUCAUGUUUACAUGAAGCCACUGAUGGCAGAUAUGAAGAAGCUUUGGGAAGGUGUAGACACGUUUGAUGCGUUGACAGGAAAAAGAUUUCCUCUCCAUGCUGCAAUUCUUUGGUCCAUCCAUGACUAUCCAGGACUUGCCACUAUAUCAGGGCGUAGCACAAAAGGGUUUUAUGCUUGUGUGCAUUGCGAUGAGAACCCUUGCUCGCAGUCAUUGAGAAACAAAUUUGGAUAUGUUGGGCAUCGAAGGUUCCUUCCCACUAACCAUCAUUUUAGGACAAGCAAACUUUUCAAUGGGAAGGCUGAGAGAAGAGGGCCACCUAGGAAAUUCACAAUUGAAGAAGUGAUGGAGAAGUUAGGGAAAGUUGAAGACUACAAACCUGGGAAGCAUCCAGAUUUUAAGAAGCGAAAACGCGCAGAGAAAGAAACAAGAUUUAACAAAGAUGAAAGGAACAGGGAUGGGAAGAGAGUUGUUGAUCCUGCUGAAUUACCAGUUUUUUCAGUUGCUGCAAAAGCCUUUGGGGCUUGCAGACUCAAAUAUUUUGAAAAGGAAUAUGAAAAAAUGGUAUGUGUUUGCCGAGAAGAACUACUAAGCAGGGGUGUCAAUAACAUUGACGAGACGGUUGAGAAGGAGUUCCCUCGCUGGUUUCGGAAGCAUGAUGUCGAAGGAGAAGUAAAUGACGAACAACGAUCUGAUCCUGAUGAUGAAGCUACAAGUGAUGCUGAUGGUCAAACAAUGGAUGAUGUAGGGGCUACUGAGCAUGAAGAAAUCAGCAGCAGUGAUGAUGAUGAAGCUGCUGGUGAUGGUGAGGAAGCAAACAAUUCAGAGCAUGAAAGUGAUGAUGACUAG